AUGUCAACAAAUCCUAGAACGUCGUAUGCGCUUGAUGGGCCCAGCUUCAACACCGCGACGAGCCGGUCGAGCAUAGACCCGGCGGUACGACGACCGGAUGUGAAGAAGAAGCUCGUUGUCGUAGGAGACGGUGGAUGUGGAAAGACUUGUCUUUUGAUUGGAUACGCGGAGAAUCGCUUCCCAGAGACGUAUAUACCAACCGUGUUCGAGACCUAUUUGGCAAACGUGACAUUUGAAGGGAAAUUGGUCGAACUAGCACUAUGGGAUACAGCAGGACAGGAAGAAUAUGACCGACUACGGCCGUUGUCGUAUCCGGAGAGUAGUGUCAUUCUUAUCGUCUUUGCAAUCGACUAUCCGACGAGUUUGGAGAAUGUUACAGACAAGUGGUAUCCCGAGGUUGCGCAUUUCUGCGAAGGGACUCCAAUGAUUCUAGUCGGAACAAAGAUAGAUUUACGAGGAGAUGAGCAUACACGACGGAUGUUGAGUGCACAGGGCCUCAAGCCCGUCAGUCCGGAGCAAGGCGGUGCGGUAGCAAAGGAGAUUGGGUCAAAGUACGCCGAAUGUUCGGCCAAGACGGGACAGGGUCUCCAGGACGUGUUCACGCUUGCCUUGCGCGAGAGUAUGCGCGGGCGGCGAUGGAACAAGAUACGCGAAAAGCCAAAGAAGUGUGUCGUGCUAUGA